GUCCGGGGAUCCCCCACGAAGGGGCCGCAGCCAUGAGUCGCCGGGUGGUUCGCCAGAGCAAAUUCCGGCAUGUCUUUGGGCAGCCGGUCAAGGCGGACCAAAUGUAUGAGGACAUCCGGGUCUCCAAGGUGACGUGGGACAGUUCCUUCUGCGCCGUCAACCCCAAGUUCCUAGCCAUCAUCGUGGAGUCCGGCGGUGGAGGGGCCUUUAUGGUGUUGCCCUUGAUCAAGACCGGCCGUGUGGACAAGAAUAUUCCCUUGGUCGCUGGACAUACGGCCCCCGUCCUGGACAUCGACUGGUGUCCCCACAAUGACAACGUCAUCGCCAGCGCCUCUGAAGACACAACGGUCAUGGUAUGGCAGAUCCCUGACUACCUCCCCGUGCGCAACAUGACGGAGCCCGUGGUCACCCUGGAAGGACAUUCCAAGCGCGUGGGGAUCAUCACCUGGCACCCCACGGCCCGCAACAUCCUACUCAGCGCAGGGUGUGACAACGUCAUCAUCCUCUGGAACGUGGGCACGGGCGAGGCGCUCCUGACCCUGGACGACCUUCACAGUGACCUCAUCUACAACGUCUGCUGGAACCGCAACGGCAGCCUUUUCCUCACCACCUGCAAGGACAAGCGCCUUCGUGUCGUUGACCCCCGGCAACGCCUGGUGGUCGCCGAGAAAUUUGCACCCCACGAAGGGAUGAGGCCCAUGCGCGCCGUCUUCACCCGCGACGGACUGAUCUUCACCACGGGGUUCACACGCAUGAGCCAGCGGGAGCUCGGCCUCUGGGAUCCGAAGAACUUUGAGGAGCCCAUCGCCCUCCAGGAGAUGGACACCAGCAACGGGGUCCUCCUCCCCUUCUACGACCCUGACUCCAGCAUCGUCUACCUGUGCGGAAAGGGGGACAGUAGCAUCCGAUACUUCGAGAUCACGGAGGAAGCUCCCUACGUCCAUUACUUGAGCACCUUCAGCAGCAAGGAACCCCAGCGCGGAAUGGGGUUCAUGCCCAAGAGAGGACUGGACGUUUCCAAAUGCGAGAUUGCCAGGUUUUACAAGCUGCACGAGCGGAAAUGUGAACCCAUCGUCAUGACUGUUCCACGAAAGUCGGACCUUUUCCAGGACGACUUGUAUCCGGACACGCCGGGCCCAGAGCCAGCCCUCGAAGCGGACGAAUGGCUGUCUGGAAAGGAUGCCGAGCCCAUCUUAAUCUCCCUCCGGGAUGGCUACGUCCCCCUCAAGAACCGGGAGCUCAAGGUUACCAGAAAGAACAUCCUCGACAGCAGGCCUCCAGUCGGGCCACGGCGGAGCCAAUCCACUUGCGAGUCUAACUUUUCGCACUCUGCGCUUGAGGAACUCCUGGCGGAAAUCAAGUCCCUACGGCAGACGGUUCAGGCUCACGAGAAGCGCAUCUCUGACCUAGAAAACAAACUCGGCCAGUUUACGAACGGGACGGAUUGACCCCCGUUCUUUCCACAGCGCCUGGGACUGAGUUUUGUCCUCAGGAGACCCGGAUUUUGCCUCAGCCAGCCUUCAUUUUAUUUUAUUGUGUUUUAUUUUAUUUCUGUCGACCCUUCGUCCUUUGAGGACCCCCCCCUUCCCGGCUGCUUCCCCCUCUGGCGGCUCCUGGUGGACGUUUCCAGGAAAGCAACACACACGAACCAACCUCCCCCCCCCCGGCCACCUUCCCUGCACGGCUGCGUCCCUGGGACUCUAAAACAGGACCUUACGAUGGGGGGGGGGAAUAUGAGAGAUGUCAUCAUUUGAGCCCUAGAGAAGUGGGGGUCGGGGGGGAGAGAAAGGGGUUUCAUGCUCUGGCCACUAGGGAGGACAGUCCGCCCACUCAGAUGUAGGGGAAUCCCAGCCAGGCAACAUGAUGCCCCCCCUCUAUCUCCUCCCUCCCUCCCCAAGAAAUAGGGGAAACUGAAAUGGGGUGCAUCCAUCCCACAUUUUGGGGUUCAGUUUUGGGGCACAGGGGAUGAGCUUUUUGGGGGGGCAGAGGAAGAAGGCAAGCUUAGGGGAGGUGUUCUUGAUGGGGAUACUACAAGUCCCAUUAUCCCCCAAUCUGGCUUUUUCCAAGCUCUGGGUGGGUUGGUGGCGGGAGGAGCCGCGCCCUGCAGGCAGGGGAGGCGUUGCCAGGAGAUGGAAAGGGGAGUGUGCAUGUGUGUUUGUGUGUGGGGGGGGGAAGUAUGAUGGGAUGGUUCAGGGAUGGUAGGUACCUCUCGCCUUCAUCUCGACUUGGAACAGGCCACCCCAAGCUUGCAGGGGGGAAGGGGGGCUGUGGGUCAGAGUGGGUACACGCACUCCCCCCCCAUGCAAGGUUUGCACCCCAGGGAGGCGGGGGUGACGUUGGGCCAUCGCUGAUCAAAACAUACUUGCAUUAAAGAAAAAUAAAAUACGGAAAAGGUGGGUUAGAUUUUCCUGAUCUCCUUUGGUUCUGCCAAUGGGCAGAAAUGAAUGCUAUCAAGGGUAUUGCUGGGUAAUAGAGUCUAAUGAGGCUUCAGAAGCGGGGUGUCCAGAAAAGCCGUAUAUCCACUGAGGAGCAGAAAAUAAAGAGGCGUAAAUGGGAGAUCUGAAAUGGAAAAGCAAGGCCCUAAGCACCAACUUGCAGCCAAGUUAAGGUUCUAGUCCUCAUUGUUUGGGACAGGAAUAUGGUUUCAACCAGAACCCGGGUUCCCUCCCUGUGUUCAAGGGAUGGUGAACUGAAUUUAAACACACAAUUUGGGCCCGAAUAUUGUUCAGUCUUGGCUUCCUGGCUGUUCAGACAAGGUGGUGGAGAUCUGGGCUAGCGUGCGAGAGAGCUCUCUAGAUUCAGAAAGGAAAAAAAUAUUUCUGUUGGUGGAAAGCACUUCUUUUGGCGAUACGUAUUAUUCAGGAUUUCUCAAGCAAAAGUACGGGUGCUUAUUUUUUACGUUUGAAAUGUCAUGCUUAGGAUUUAGGAUCUCGCAAGAAAACCUAUUUGCAGUAACUACUUUUCAUCAAAAAUAACUGGCACUGAAUUUUUGUGUGCUUUUAAUUUCAAAUAACAAAAGGCAUGGUUUUGUUAAACCACCAGGUUAGAUGACAGGGAAAGGAGAGGUGGAGAGGGAUGUGGUGCUGAAAAUCAUCAUCUUAGAACUGCUGAGCUGGAAGGGACCCUCUGGAUCAUUGAGUCGGGCCCCUAUCAAGGAAGACCCCCCAGGGAAUUCGAACUCCCAACCUCUGGUUCCCUGGCCAGAAGUCUAAAACGUGGAGCUAUCCAGAAGUUUGAGAACAAACCUAUCAUCCCUGAGUAAAGGGAACAAAGGUUUUUAGCCCUGCAGUUGAGAAAAGGUGGGGGUUUUUUUUGGGGGGGCAGCAUUUUUCUUUGCUAAGAAGAAAAAUAAAAUAGAAUGUAGAAUAUAAGAACAUCUUUGCGCACCUGGACACACAAACACAGAAAGGAAACAGGAAGCAGGAAAGGUUCAUGAGAUUUUCAUAGGUGUCUUUGUGCAGGUAACACACCUGAGCCGGAUGGCUGUGGUCCCCCUUUCCUUCCCCCCCACCCGUGCAAGUUCACUGUGGAAGAAAUGCCCCCCCUCCUUCCAAGCUGUGCCCGAUCUGCCCCGGUUGUGCAAGACACGCUUGUGUGCAGCUACCUGGGUACCCUAACGGCUGCAGGUGGCCUGGCUUCGCCCCCCUCCCCACAGCAUCCUGGGAGUUGUAGUCUCUUGAGAUCCCGAGGAUCCCCAAAAACCGCAGGAGGGGGUUCCCGAGUCCCCUUCCCCCCCAAAAGGUACAAAUCUCUGAAGACGGAUCCGGGACCAGCGUCACCAAACUGCUCCAACGGGGCAGCGGAGACCUGCCUUCAUGUUGCCGGGAUUUGGAGACCAGGAGAGGAAGGGGCCUUGUUUUCACCACCCCCCUCCAAUCGCUCCAGCCUCCCCGUUUGCUGUGGAGCCUGGGGGUGGGCGUGUGUGCGCGCGCGUGCGGUUGUCAGACACGGGGAGGGUGUGUUUGUGUGGAGGUUAGCACCAUUGAACGAUGAUGGGUUGUUCUGAUUUCAGGGCUGCGAGGCGGCCAGGAGGCGCAGGGCCGAAGGGCGGGCUUCUGGGGCCAGGGCAGAAGGAGGGGGACUCGAACUCAGCCCCUCAGCCCGGACUUUCUGUCCCUGUCUCCCCUCCCCCAUUUCCCAGGCAAAACAAGUCAGGAGGCUUCAGAGGCAGGCUGCGUGGAGAACGCCCGAAUUUGGGGAAGGGAUCAGCGGAGGAGGUGCCCCUUUGGAGAGGAGACCUCCGGGCCCCCAAGGCUUCGGCCUUCUUACUUGUUCGGUAUGGGAUGGAAAGAGGCGUUUCCCCCCCCCCUCGCCCUUUGGGAUUCUGGAAGCUGAAGGCCAGGUUCGGGGGGCGGGGAAACCGGCACUUGGGAGAGGGGGGAGCGGGGCCUCUCUGGGGCUGGGA